AACGUAUACGCGGUGCUAAUUUGCCUUGCCUGCGCUAGCAAUCUCUUCACACAGCAGCACAUUAUUUGCACAGUGCUAAGUACCACUCGACCACUUGCAGCCAUGUAGUAUGCCUCGUAUGCAUCCCCCCAAUGCACCACUGUUCAUCAUCAGCAUCUGCUCGUCAUCUGCCUCUGCCUUUCAUCAUCAACAACAACAACCCCCUUUUCACCCGCCUCCAAACUACUCUUCAGCCCAUGUGUGCCAUCCAUGCAUUUGUCUGAUUCGCAUUCAUGCACUCCUCCCUACCAUGUCUUCUCCACAAAGCUUGAGCGUUUCAGUCGACUUGUCCAAAGUUACAUAUUCACCGCCAGAUGGCGUCAAGCGAGCUGUCAUUGGCCUAGCUCCGGUACCUACGUUUGAUCUUAUCGAUAGCUGCCCUUGGACAAUAAGCCCGCCCCCUCCAUGUCAACCUUCUAACCUCCUCAAACUCUAACCGCGGCCGUGUGAGCAACAAAACAUCCACUCCACCCUCUCGUCUGCACGGCAUUGUUCUUGAUGGCUGGUACAUUCUGCGACGUGGCGCCCACUGGUCGACUGAGACCAGCCACCAUGCUAAUCUACUUGCUCCAUGUGAGUAGAAACUAGACGGUCACCGGAUACA